CAUACUAAAGCAUAUUCCUUUUACUAAAAUAUGCAUCAUUCCAGCUUUUUCCGGCGAUGGCGUCCGCUACAUGCCAGUUUCUUCUCCAGGCCGAUCUCAUUCCUCAGUUGGCACAAAAAUGGCAGCACUUAGAUUUGGCUUCCUGUGAUGGUAAGGUCGUACCUUCUCUGCUUUCCUCGCUCUUCCCUUCUCUGAGAUGCUGAUUGAACUCCAGAGCAGAAGACCCUCUUAUGGAGACUGCUGGUAUCCUAUUUAGACCAUCGUUAACGCCUUUCACCUUCAAUGCCAUAAGCACUGUCCAAAAACCACUCGGUCCGAGGAACCACUCAUUCUAUAACUUUACUAGUUGCAGGAAACCCAGAACCUCUUCUGUCUCCGUUUCUUCUAAAACUCCUCCAGACGAAAAAAGUCCCGAUUUUGAUGGCAAUAACACGACUUCCCCGUUGAGCCCCUCCUGGGUUUUGGUCAGAGCCUUCAAAAGCAUCAAAGACUUUGCAUAUUUGUACACCCAGAAAUUGGUUUCUAGGAUACGAGAAUAUGAUGAGUCGGAGGGGGUUGUAGACGGUUGUAGUGGUUGUGGAUAUUCACAAAAUGGAGGGAUAGGAAUUGCUUUGCUAAGUUUGACUUACAGUGCCAAGGUCAAAAUCAGUCCUUUCGUCGCAACAUUAGCCGCGAACCCGACUUUUGUUUCGGGUUUUUUGGCUUGGUUUUUUGCUCAAUCGGUGAAGGUGAUACUGAAUUUCUAUGUGGAGAGAAUAUGGGAUCUAAGGAUUUUGUUUGCCUGUGGAGGCAUGCCCUCUUCUCACUCGGCUUUGUGUACUGCUUUAACUACUUCAGUGGCGCUGUGUCAUGGCAUGACAGAUUCAUUGUUUCCAGUUUGCUUGGGUUUCAGUUUGAUUGUUAUGUAUGAUGCCAUUGGUGUACGACGACAUGCUGGCAUGCAAGCUGAGGUUCUGAACAUGAUAGUCGAGGAUUUGUUCCAAGGGCAUCCUAUUCGUAAACGAAAGCUCAAGGAACUGUUAGGCCACACGCCAUCACAGGUCCUCGCAGGAGCUCUGCUCGGCUUUGUGGUCGCCUGUAUCUGUCAUCGGGCGUGCUUGGUUGCAGCCUGAUCUAUCGGAGAGCAACUUUUGUGGGAUAUAGAAUUGAUGGUCAGUUGAUCUGCUUGUGCACUCGGUUCCUCUUCAUGUACCAUCAGGUCAAUGCAACAUAUCACGCUUCAUCAAUAACCAAAAUUUGAUUCUUCUAU